AUGUCAAUUGAUAAAUUUUCCUUUUCCAGACUUUUACGGCCGAUUCAUGCUACAGAAACGGAGGAGGUCGUGCUUGGCUGCCAGGUGGUAGGCAAGCCAACACCGGUGGUCCAAUGGUGCAAAGAUGGCUUUCGUUUGCGCGACAGUCCGGAUUUUAUCAUUACCAACGUCGGUGGGACGUGCAAGUUACGGAUAUGCCGCAGCAACAAAGCUGUACAUUCUGGUACAUACCUCUGUCGCGCGACCAAUGCAUGUGGUGAAGCAACAACUUCGGCACGAGUGACUCUUGACCAUCCUGAACCACCUUCCAUCUUAGUUCCACUAAGAGAUCUGGUAGUGACUAUUCAAGAUCGAGCCAAGUUGCAGGUUGCCUAUCGCGUAAGUCAACCAAACAUCCCCACAGUGUCUGAGGAGGUACCACAUUUUCACUGGGUUCGACGAGUAUGCUCUUUAAAGUCUGGUGUAGGGUCUGCUGACUGGCGAAAACAGGGAUUCGGGUCUACCGGCUUUAAGGUAACGGGAAGAGGGAUUGUGCAGAUUCAAGAGUAG